UUUGUAUACACCUCCCCCCUCCUCCCCCCUCCUCCCCCUAAAAGAGAGACACGGCGGCACAGCGGGCUUUUAUUCCAUCACACCGGACAGCAACACAUCCUCCUUCACUACAGCCGACGAAACGACAUCACAGGUCCUGAUCUGCUGCUGAGAACGACGUGUCCACGGACCUGCUGCUGUUUUCCAUCUACCUCCAGGGCCCGUUAUAAACUUUAUUCGCUUCGCUCUGAGCCGCCUCGGUCCUGCACUAGAAGCAUCUGUCGCGUCAGAAAUGGCUGCUGCUCUGUCCAGCUUCGGCAAAAUGCUGCUGCGGCGGCGGGCGCUGGACUGCUCCGGGGAGGAGACCCGGUUCGCCCGCUGCCUGUCCACCCUGGACCUGAUCGCGCUGGGCGUGGGCUCCACGCUGGGCGCCGGCGUCUACGUCCUGGCCGGGGAGGUGGCCCGCGAGAAGGCCGGGCCCGCCAUCGUCCUCUGCUUCCUCAUCGCCGCCCUGUCCUCCAUGCUGGCCGGCCUCUGCUACGCCGAGUUCGGCGCCCGCGUCCCCAAGACGGGCUCAGCGUAUCUCUACAGCUACGUGACGGUGGGCGAGAUCUGGGCCUUCAUCACGGGCUGGAACCUCAUCCUCUCCUACGUCAUAGGUACCGCCAGCGUAGCCAGGGCCUGGAGCUCCACCUUCGACAACCUGGUGGAGCAGAAGAUCUCCGGCUUCUUCAGAGCCUCCAUGGAGAUUAAGGUGCCGGGGAACGUUCUGGCCGAGUACCCGGACCUGUUCGCCCUCAUCCUGGUGCUGCUGCUCACUGGACUUCUGGCCUUCGGCGUCAGCGAGUCGGCGCUGGUGAACAAGAUCUUCACGGGCAUCAACCUGGUGGUUCUGGGCUUCGUCAUCAUCUCCGGCUUCGUUAAAGGCGACACGGCGAACUGGAACCUGACCAAGGACGACUACCGGGCGUUCACCAACACCACCAGCAGCAUCAACAGCACCAACGGCACCGACGGCACCGAUGAGCAGAUGAUUAAGGUUUUUGGCGAAGGCGGCUUCGCCCCGUUCGGCCUGAGCGGGAUCUUGUCCGGCGCCGCCACCUGCUUCUACGCCUUCGUGGGCUUCGACUGCAUCGCGACAACAAGCGAGGAAGCUAAGAACCCCAUGCGGUCCAUCCCCAUCGGCAUCGUGGCCUCGCUGCUCAUCUGCUUCUUCGCCUACUUCGGCGUGUCGGCGGCGCUGACGCUGAUGAUGCCGUACUACCAGCUGAACACGCAGAGCCCUCUGCCCGAGGCCUUCAGCUACGUGGGCUGGGCUCCGGCCCGGUACAUCGUGGCCGUGGGUUCCCUCUGCGCUCUGUCCACCAGCCUCCUAGGCUCCAUGUUCCCCAUGCCCCGCGUCAUCUACGCCAUGGCCGAGGACGGGCUGCUGUUCAGGGCUCUGUCCAGGAUGAACGCCCGCACCAAGACGCCUCUGCUGGCCACCAUCGUCUCCGGCAUCGUGGCAGCUCUGAUGGCGUUUCUCUUUGACCUCGGCGCCCUGGUCGACCUCAUGUCCAUCGGGACUCUCCUGGCGUAUUCCUUAGUGGCCAUAUGUGUCCUCAUCCUCAGGUAUCAGCCGGGAACCCUGAGCUCGCCGAGCCAGAUGGAGAAGCUGGUGGAGCUGGUGGAGGGCGAGAAGGUGGCGGCGAGCGGCGGGGACAGCGGGGACGAGUACGCCAUGGAGAUGGAGGACAAGCCGCUGCAGGAGACCUUCACCUUCAGGCUGCUCUUCUGCCCGAGUGGGAAAACCCCGACCAAGACGUCGGGGAACAUCGUCUACAUCACCACCGCCAUCAUCUCCGUCCUCAUCACUGUCCUCUGCGUGGUCCUGGCGAACUGUCUGUCUCAGCUGUGGGACUGUGUCCCCUGGGUCCUGGCGUCCUGCGUCCUCCUGACUCUGCUGUGUGGAGUCUGUGUGGUCAUCAUCUGGAGGCAGCCGGAGAGCAAGGAGGCGCUGACCUUCAAGGUGCCCCUCCUCCCCUGGCUGCCUCUCUUCAGCGUCUUCGUCAACAUUUACCUCAUGAUGCAGUUGGACAUUGGGACGUGGUGUCGCUUCACGGUCUGGAUGAUAAUCGGCUUCGCCAUCUACUUCCUGUACGGGAUCAAGAACAGCAGCGAAGCCUCCAGCCGGUCGUCUCCGCGUAAAUACGAGCCGGCGCUGCAGAACAAAAGCCCCAUUUACAGGGGGGCCCCCGAGGACAGCGACGUGGAGGGAGGCGGCCCCUGAUACGGCCCCUGAUACUGGACCUGGACCUGGACCUGGACCUGGACCUGGACCUGGACCUGGACCCGGACCUGGACCCGGACCUGGACCUGCAUUUAAAGCAGGGGUGUCAAACUCGUUUGAGUCCAGAAACACUGUAGAAUAAAAACGUGCAGAUAAACGAUGAAGCUUCACUUUGAUUUGGUGCAAAAAAACAAAAAUCAUUAUGACGCGUUUACGUUAAAUGAACCUGAGCGUCUAUAGCUCCUCCUGCUCCUCCUCCUCCUGCUCCUCCUCCUGCUCCUCCUCCUCUCGUCCCUUCGUCAUAAUGGGCUUUAUUUUUUUGCACUAAACCAAUGUUUGUAUUCAAUGAACUGAUGUUUUCAUGAAACACUGAGGACGAUAAGUUUCAUUUAGUUCUUUGCUGCUGUUAUUAAAUUAUGAGCAGAAGUUACUUUAACGUUAACGUUGUUUGACGCCCCUGGUUUAAAGGAGGAGAGUCUGUUACUCCCCAUGAACUGGACGAACUUCUACGUAGCCUUAGCCCCUCCCCCUCCACCUGUAACACCUGUAACACCUGGUUUAACAGAGCCACGCCCCCUCACCCAGUGUUACCUCCGUUACCUGAAGCUGUACCUGGUUGGAGGCGGAGCUUCGUUUAGUAGAGACUCUUUGGAUCUGAAUGUUCAAACCGCUGCGAUCACGGAGCCACAGGGUAACACAACUUAACGCAACGCAACGCAACACGGCGACAGUCUGGAGGAAGGACCUGCUUUAUACCGUAGAUUAGAAGACGUUUAACACACUAUCGGCCCCAGAGAGACUCCGCCCACUCCCACUCCCACUCCCACUCCCACUCCCACAGGAACCACAACAGAGGAUGGGUUUCAACAUGUGGCAGAGAGGAAACAGGAAAACAUUCAUUCAGAUGGAGAACGGUGGACGUUCUGCUGUGGACGUGGACGUGGACGUUCUGUGGACGUGGACGUUCUGCCGGAGUCGGGUUCUGUCUCUGGGAAUCAAAGGACCGUUUCUCAUCACUAAAAAACAAAGGAUCUCACGUGUUUUUGUGUUGUUUUUGUUUAGUUUCACGCGUUGGCAGCUCGUCUGUCGACCUCCAGUCACUUGUGUUUUAUAUUUACUACUUUAUUCACUGGUUUUUCUAGUAGAACUGUUAAUAUUUAUGUGUUCUCGUUCUUUUGCCUUUGUCGUAUGGGUUUAAUCAGUCAGUGCUUUCAGGUGUGUUUAACUUGUACAGUUUGUAUCAUCAUCAUGUUCGAUUUUCUCCCCAAAAAACCAAACGUUUGGAGCUGAAACAAAGAAACGACCGAGAGUCGGUCUCUAAAUUAUUUUAAUAUUAUUAAUAUUAUUAUUAUUUCCUCCCGUCUGAGUAACUUAUUGUCCUGGUGAAGUGCUUUACUGUAAAUUGCCACUGGGCCUGAAGUAUAAUCAGAGCAGAAUGUGUUUGUGUGUGUGUGUGAAUUAUACUUGAAGGUGUUUCAUUCUCCACCUGAUGCUGCAGAGGAAGCUUCCGUUAAACUCGUCUCCUGUUUGUCCGGCGGAGACGAACCGGUGCCUGAAGAACCAUCCGUCUGCCUGAGGGACACUAGAAAUAAAAAGAAAUAAAAUAAAAAGAAAUGAGAGGGUCCGGUUCAUCUGUGACUCUCUAAACGUGUCCAGUGUCUUUCAGGAUGUGAUCAGAUCUAUUUUCGCCCCUUGUUUUAUAUCCUGUACAUACGAAGUAUUUUCAGUGUCUUUUUUUGUUUUGUCUUUUUUUUAAUAAAAUGGUGAUUUAUGCUCCAGA